AUGUUGAUCCGGUGUCUCAUGUCUUCCAGAUUCAACGUAUAUACGAAAGUUGCGGAACAGAUAACCGCUGCUCAGGCCAUUAUUAUGAACAAAGCACACGCUGCGGCCGAAAUCGAUCGAAUCCUCGCUUGCCCCGUCUACCUUACCCUUCCGAUGGACCUCACCACCGAAAAGAUCUCUGCCAAGCGCUUGAGGGUCGAACUUCCGCAGACCCCUCCC